AUGACCUCCAUCCCUGGUCUUGACGACGACAUCUUUCUCGUCGUGUUCUCCUUCUUGGACAGGAAGGACGCACUCGCGGUGUCCUCCUGUGCAAAGAGACUCUACUACGUGGCAAUCCCGGAGGCUUUCAGGUCCUUCAACGUUCGCAAGAACCGGAAGGAUGAGGGAUGGAGCCAUCCAGACAAGGCUCUUAAAGCAAGCGCGUGCUCCGACCUGCUUCAAAGGAAGGCCUCGUUCUAUAACGGGGUUCAUCGCGGUCGACACCUUCACCGCUUAGCACUCCGUAUGUUUUCCAAACGGGAUUUUCUUCAUUUCCCCGUCCUCCUCGCCGCCCCCGACCGGUUGCAGACCUUUUACCCGGGCAACUUGGAGUCCCUUCUGAGGGAACACAGUCGCGUCGCUGAAGACAUAGGCAACAUGACCGAGCUCAAGCAGGUCAUCCUUCGCGAAGUAGGGCCCUGGACUAUGGAACGACUACAGGCCAUGCUGUCCGCGCAGAAGCUAACUUCAAAGUUGACAAUCAUCAGGCAUCGAAAGUUUGCCUCAAGCUGCACCGCCGCGGAAGCGCCCUAA